UUCCUUUCCUCCAUUCCCAUUUCCAUUUUCCAAUUUCCAUUUCCAAAUAUUCAAAAUGAUGCAGCAGCAGCAGCUGGAAAAGGAAGAUUUUGGAUUAUGCCUCAGCUUGACCUUCCCGGAGAAGAAUCAAAAUCCUCAUCCUCCUCCUAUUCACUUCAAUCUCAUGCCUUCACUCCCGUCCAUCGCCGCCGCCGCUCCGGCGACCGUCGCGCCUCACAAAUCUCUAUGGAACGAGACUUUCUCCUCAUCUAUAGAUCGGAGUUUCGAAACAUGCAGAGACGAUACUAGAUCUUUCCUCAAAGGAAUCGACGUCAAUCGGUUACCGUCUGUCAUAGACUGUGAAGAAGAAGCCGGCGUUUCCUCUCCAAACAGUACUGUAUCCAGCAUUAGCGGAAAGAGAUGCGAGAGACUAGAACCUACCGGCGAUGAUCAUGACGGCGACAGAGAUUUCCGUCAAACUAUCAGCGAUGAAGAAGACGGCGAUCCUUCCAGAAAGAAACUCCGUCUCUCCAAGGACCAAUCCGUCAUUCUUGAAGAGAGCUUCAAAGAACACAACACCUUAAAUCCCAAACAAAAGAUGGCUUUGGCUAAACGGCUUGGGUUAAGGCCACGCCAAGUGGAAGUCUGGUUUCAAAACAGAAGAGCAAGAACUAAGCUGAAGCAGACGGAAGUUGACUGCGAAUUCUUGAAGAGAUGUUGCGAAAAUCUGACGGAAGAGAAUCGGAGGUUGCAAAAAGAAGUUCAAGAGCUUCGAGCUUUGAAAAUGUCUCCACAAUUUUACAUGCAAAUGACUCCUCCCACCACCCUAACCAUGUGUCCUUCAUGUGAGCGCGUGGCUACAGCACCGCCUUCCUCCGCCGCACCGCCGUCGCAAAUCGCUCAUAACCACCAACACCACCACCACCGACCCAUGCCCAUCAAUCUGUGGGCCGCGGCUCCUCCUCCGGCUACUCGGCAAUUUGACGGCUUACGCCCUCGUUCGUAAAUAAGUUGUUUAUUAUAAGGAUAUAAUGGGGAAGAAGAAAGUACUCUCUCUCAUCCCUUUUUAAGGGUUGGGCGGUGGUGGUGGUGUAAAAAAAAGAUAUGGUAGUUGGGGGUUGAGGAUUUGCUGGGUGUGACAUUUUUUUUUAUUUGUUAAAAAGGAAAAAAAAAAGUAGUUUUUUUUUUUACUUAUUACUAGUGGUAUAAAGGAAUCGACAUGAAUGUAAAGGAUAUUUAAUUUCGAACUAAUCAAAGGUUUAUUUAAUUUUGUUUCAA